CCCCUCGCGCACACGCACGGAGGGCGCGAGCGAGCAGACGCGCACACCCGGCGAGCCAAGUUCCGCAGCCUGGCAUGGCUUCUGGGGACCUUUACGAGGUUGAAAGGAUUGUAGACAAGAGGAAGAACAAGAAGGGAAAAUGGGAGUAUCUGAUCCGGUGGAAAGGCUACGGGAGCACGGAGGACACGUGGGAGCCCGAGCACCACCUGCUACACUGCGAGGAGUUCAUUGAUGAGUUCAACGGGCUGCACCUGGCCAAGGACAAGAGGCUCAAGUCGGGGAAGCAGUCCGGCGCCUCCAAGCUUCUGCGGGACGGCCGAGGCCCCUCGGUCGAGAAACUGUCCCACAGACCCUCGGAAUCCGGCAAGAGCAAAGGGACUUCCCAUAAACGGAAGCGGAUCAACCCUUCCCUGUCCAAGCCGAAAAAAGGGUAUCCGGCCAAGCCCCCUGCAGGCGGGGACAGGGCCACCAAGACGGUGUCUUACAGGACCACCCCCAGUGGCUUGCAAAUAAUGCCCCUGAAAAAGGCGCAGAAUGGGAUGGAAAACGGGGACGCCGGCUCCGAGAAGGAAGAGAGGCAUUUUGGAAACGGGUCCCACCAGCCCGGCUUGGAUUUGAAUGACGUGGGUGAGCAGGACCUGGGCGACUGCCACGUGAGCCCCGCGGCGCUGGCGGAGAACGGACUCGGCUCUGCUCUGACCAACGGGGGACUAAACCUGCACAGCUCGGUGAAGAGGAAGCUGGAAGCGGAGAAGGACUACGUCUUUGACAAGAGGCUCAGGUACAGCGUCCGCCAGAACGAAAGCAACUGUCGCUUUCGGGACAUUGUCGUGCGGAAGGAAGAGGGCUUCACGCACAUCCUGCUGUCCAGCCAGACCUCGGACAACAACGCGCUGACCCCUGAGAUCAUGAAGGAGGUGCGGCGCGCGCUCUGCAACGCGGCCACGGACGACAGCAAACUGCUGCUGCUUAGCGCCGUGGGCAGCGUGUUCUGCAGUGGCCUGGAUUACUCCUACCUAAUUGGCCGGUUGUCCAGUGACCGGAGGAAGGAGAGCACCCGGAUUGCAGAGGCCAUCAGGGACUUUGUGAAGGCCUUUAUCCAGUUUAAGAAGCCCAUCGUGGUGGCGAUCAACGGGCCCGCGCUGGGCCUGGGAGCCUCCAUCCUGCCGCUUUGCGACAUCGUGUGGGCCAGCGAGAAAGCCUGGUUUCAGACCCCCUACGCCACCAUCCGCCUCACGCCCGCCGGCUGUUCCUCCUAUACCUUCCCCCAGAUCCUGGGUGUCGCACUGGCCAACGAGAUGCUCUUCUGCGGGCGGAAGCUCACCGCCCAGGAGGCAUGCAGCAGAGGCCUGGUGUCACAGGUCUUCUGGCCAACCACGUUCAGCCAAGAGGUCAUGCUGCGGGUCAAGGAGAUGGCCUCCUGCAGCGCGGUGGUGCUGGAGGAGUCGAAAUGCCUCGUCCGGAGCUUCCUGAAGUCGGUGCUUGAAGAUGUGAACGAGAAAGAAUGCCUCAUGCUCAAACAGCUCUGGGGUUCCUCCAAAGGCCUGGAUUCCCUGUUCAGCUACCUGCAGGACAAAAUUUAUGAAGUCUGA